AUGGACGUCGAUAUGGGCAAACUAGAAUCUCCAGAAAAAGGGAAGAAAGAAGAGGUAACCCCGAAAGAGGAGGAGGAGGAAAUCCCUCAAUAUUUUGAAUGUCAUUUUUGCAAGCUCAAAGAAAAAUACGAAUAUUUCGGCGAGCGGCCGCCAUUUUUGAAACACUACCGACUCUUCGAGGAAGCUUACGUCAUAGAGGACCCUUUCGUGCCGCCGAAACAAGGCGAAAUAAUAAUCCUGGGCGCCCAUUGCGUCACGUGCAAGCACGGCGUGUGCAAAGAUCCCGGCUGCAGUAUAUACUUCGACGGUACUUACUGCGUGAGGUGCGCCAAGAACUACGUUUCGCAAUUUCCGCGACCUUUGCAAGAAAAGCUAAACCGAAUAAUCGUGAGCGGCUAA